AUGCAAGUCCCAUGGGAAUUUCAUUAUGACUACGGAACCGAUAUGCAGGGGAACAGGCACAUGAUUCACAAUAAUGACCUCGAUUACCAAACCCGCGCUUAUCAGGCUGCCGCACCAACCAACACCCCGCACCCAUCCAACCCCGCGCGGCUUUCGCAUUCCAUCAAUGCCUCUUAUUCCUGUCAAACAGCCACAAUCGAACGAUUGAACAUGGACGACAACGGGUUGCUCGACCUUUACUUACUUCUCACGCAGCUCAAGGAAGAGCCCCGCGCAGGAUGGCAACAUCGAAAUAUCCGCGGCAGGACAGAGUCUGUUGCCGAACACUCAUGGAUGGUCGCCAUGAUUGUACUAGCACAGAAUAUGGAGCCCCUCAGGAAACUGAAAGCCUUGGAAUUGGCUCUCACACACGAUGUCCCCGAGAUCAUUACAGGCGACUUGACUCCGGCUGACGGGGUACCGAAGAGUGAGAAGCAUGCGAGGGAAGAGCUAGCUAUGAAUUUCAUCAAGGCUCUGGCUCCUGGCGAGCUUACUGCAACGCUCGAGGCACGGCUUGCCGAGUAUAAUUGUCGAGAUACUAUCGAAGCACGCUUGGUACACGCUGCAGAUAAAGUCGAGGCUGCGAUCCAAGCACAACGAUACUACAUUACCAAUCCUACCAACACAAAGCUUGACGACUUUUGCAACGAUCUGAAAGGCCUCGACCUCUGUGCCGAUCGGACGUUAACAGCGCUCCAUGGGUCGCUUCAUAGAAAUUGGGGACCCAAGAAGUGGCCGUUCAAAUUUGUCUUACUCAUCGGUGGCCCAGGCUCGGGUAAAGGAACGGUUUGCGAGCAUAUCAAGGAACGUCACCAAUCUGUCGAGAGCAUUUCUCUUGGCGAGCAACUUCGUCAGGAAGUCCAGGAUACGCAAAGCUCUUUCCGCGAUUUCAUCGACGAGAGCUUUUCGAAGGGCAUUGCUGUGCCUGCAAUAUUAGCGAUGAAGAUCUUCCAAAAGAGGAUGGAGAGGAGUGCUCGUGAAGGGAAGACCACUGUCAUCCUUGAUGGCUUCCCGCGUAGCACUAAGCAGCUUCAGGCAUUUGAGAAAGAGAUUUCCGCUCAAUACGUGACGGUCUAUCUUGAAUGCACUCCGGAAAUUUUGGCAUGUAGACUGGGCGCGCGUGCAAGGUCAUCAGGGCGGGUUGAUGACGAGGACGAGACAGUCCGUCUUAAACGGGCUACCGAUUAUAACAGAGACGCCUCGGCCAUUAUCAAAUUACUUAGUGAAAAGCAGUUUCACAAGGUCGAUGCGUCUCAAACGUCCGAUCUUGUUGCCAUGGAAGUCGAAAAGUGUCUUCAUCUCUGA